GGCAAGAUGAGUGUGAGGUAUCUAAAUUCGGGCCUAACAGUUAAAUGUCACAUACCUGACUGUCGGCUCACCGUCCUGCAAAGUUCCACCGCCUUUCCCCUGCUUGGUCCAGGCCAGCAGUACAUAUAUCUACUUUCACAUCCAGUCUUCUAAACGUCGUCAAAAAAGCACUACACGAUGAGUGCCGAGUCAGAAAAAAGGCCAGUUGAAGAGAGUCCUAAAGAAGAAUCAAAUGCGUUUCGUUCCUAUCUGAGGAUCUUCCAUUAUGGGUCCACCAAGGAACACGCGUUGCAGCUAAUUGGUAUGGCCUGUGCACUAGGCUCUGGUGUUGGUAUAGCGAUGGUGAACCUGGUCUUCGGCCAGUUCAUCACCCUCAUCGUUAACUAUGUCACCGGGGCUUCAUCACCCGAGGCCUUUCGCAGUCGCGCCGGUACUCUUGGUCUUGCGUUCUUCAUAAUCGGUAUCGGGCGAUUUUUCCUCACCUACGCAUACAGCACACUCUUCACCUUCGCCGCGUAUCGAGUCAGUCGGAACAUCCGUCACGUAUACUUAAGGGCCGGCCUUAGUCAAGAGGUCGGACAUUUUGAUGGAGGGACAGCCGGAUCUAUCGCCAUGCAGGCGAUAUCGAACGGCCGCCUGAUUCAGGCAGGGAUUUCGGAAAAGUUGGGGCUGGUAGUUCAGGGUCUGGCCGCUUUCAUCUCGGCUUUUGUUCUGGCAUUUGUCACUCAAUGGAAGUUGACCCUCAUAUCUUGCUGCAUCGCCCCAGCGAUGCUGCUCGUGAUGGGCAUCGCAUCUACAAUUGAAGCCUCCAUAGAGACCGGUGUCCUGAAGUUUCAAGCUCAGGCUGGUAGCUUUGCGGAGAGUAUCUUGUCGAGUGCGCGAACCAUCCAUGCCUUUGGCCUUCGGACUCGACUGGUUGAAGAUUUUGAUAAAUUCUUGCAAGAGACACGAAGACUGGGCAACAAGAAGAGUCCGCUCUUUGGGCUUCUGUUCUCCUCAGAAUACUGUAUAGUUUAUGCAGGAUUUGGCCUCUGCUUCUGGCAAGGUAUCAAGAUGUUAGCUCGAAAAGAGGUGGACGAGCCUGGUGAUGUCUUCAUUGUUCUUAUGUCGGUGAUUGUCGCCGCCUCCAGUUUGACCGCCAUCGCUCCUUAUCUCAUUGACUUCACCCGUGCCGCCGCUUCCGCCUCAGAACUUUUCCGACUCAUCGACCGUGAAUCGCUUAUUAACCCGUUUGAUGAAUCGGGGGACAAACCGUCCCAGGUGACCGGCAAUGUUGACUUCAAGAACGUCUCAUUCAGCUAUCCCACUCGGCCCGGGGUUAUCGUGUUGAACGACUUCUCUCUCCACAUUCCUGCUGGCAAGGUGACAGCUCUAGUAGGAGCUAGUGGCUCGGGGAAAAGUACCAUCAUCGGCCUGCUCGAGCGCUGGUACAACCCUGUCUCGGGCACGGUGACGUUAGACGGAAAUCCAAUCCACAAUUUAAAUCUCCAAUGGCUCAGGCAGCAGGUCCGACUUGUUCAACAGGAACCAGUACUGUUUGCAGGAACUGUCUACGACAAUAUCGUCAAUGGCCUUGUGGGCACACGCUGGGAACACGAUUCACGGGAGGAUAAGCUGGCCCGGGUGCAGGAUGCUGCCAAAAUUGCGUUCGCUCACGAGUUCAUCACCGGCCUCCCGAAUGGCUAUGACACGGUAAUUGGAGAACGUGGAGGCUUGCUGUCUGGUGGUCAGAAGCAACGGGUUGCCAUCGCGCGAAGUGUUGUCUCGGAGCCCCGAAUCCUCCUCCUAGAUGAGGCGACGAGUGCGUUAGACCCUCACGCGGAGGAGGUUGUGCAAGAGGCUUUGGACAAUGCCUCCCACGGCCGCACUACCAUUACAAUUGCUCAUAAGCUGGCGACGAUUCGCAACGCUGAUAAUAUUGUGGUGAUGGAGCGAGGUCGCAUCCUCGAGCAAGGGACACAUAGCAGCCUCUUGAACUCCAACGGUGCUUAUUCGCGACUAGUGAAAGCACAGGAUCUAUCCGCGACCGCAGAGCAGAAUGCGGACGAUGAAGUUUCAGAUAGCUCGGGGGAAACUCCCGAGGAAACUCCUGCGGCCUUGAGAAAGUCUGCCACCCAGUAUUCUAUAUCCACAAAGGAACGCCUCGAUCAACAGUUGGGCCGCGAUAACUUCGACAACUGGAAGCCUCUGGGAUUGAUCCAUACAGUACUUCGAAUCAUCAGGUCUACACCAGAGAUCAAAUGGACUUAUCUUGUUUUAAUGCUGGGAUGUUUGGCCGCAGCGGCUUCAUACCCUGGACAAGCCAUUUUAAUGUCCAGGUUCAUCGAAGUAUUCAGGUUUACCGGAGCAAAGAUGCAGGAGAAAGGAAGUUUCUUUGCCCUCAUGUUUUUUGUUUUGGGACUCGGCUCUUUUGUCGUUUAUUUUGUUGUCGGAUGGUCCUCAAAUAUAGUUGCUCAGACGAUCAAUCAUAAGUACCGCCGACAAAUUGUCAAUGAUAUGUUGAAGCAGGAUUUGCAGUUUUUCGAUCGUCCAGAGAACACGACCGGCGCUCUCACCAGUCGCGCAGACUCUUACCCGCAAGCAGUCUUUGAACUUAUGGGCUUCACUAUUGCUCUCAUGGUAAUUGCCACGAUCAGCGUACUUGCUUGCUCUAUUCUAUCUCUGGUAUAUGGCUGGAGGCUAGGCGUCGUUGUCGUUUCGCGGAUUUCCAAACAUUUCACAGCCAGUGCGUCCAUUGCGUCAGAGGCGGUCAACUCCAUUCGAACAGUCUCCUCUUUAGCGAUCGAGCAGAUAGUGCUGGACAGAUACACGCAUGAGCUAGACGAAGCGAUUGCGUCGUCCACCCUACCGUUGCUGAUAAUCAUGGCCCCGUUUGCAUUUACUCAGAGUGUUGAAUAUUCGGUCCUUGCACUGGGAUUUUGGUAUGGGUGCCGCUUGGUCUCCUUUGGCGAUCUGGGUAUGGUCAAUUUCUUUGUUGCAUUCCUCGGAGUCUUCUUUUCUGGCCAGCAGGCCUCAGUGCUCUUCGGGUUUUCUAGCAGUAUGACCAAGGCCACCAGCGCUGCCAACUACAUAUUCUGGCUCGAGGAGCUGCAGCCCACCAUCCGAGAGACGGCGGAAAAUCACGACGUUGGCCCGAAAGACUUCUCAUCGCUCGCGCUGGAAAGGCUGCAGUUUGCGUAUCCUUUGAGACCCCAUGCCCGCAUUCUGCGUGGCAUCGACCUGCACAUCGAAAAGGGACAAUUCGUUGCCUUCGUUGGCGCCUCUGGCUGUGGAAAGAGCACCAUGAUUGGCAUCCUCGAGCGUUUCUACGACCCAGUCACCGGCCACCUGAAGGUCGAUGGCAAAGCACUCGAUGAGAUGAACCCCUGGCUCUUUCGCAACGAUGUUUCACUCGUUCAGCAAGAGCCCACCCUUUAUCCCGGAACGAUCCGCGAGAACAUCUCCAUGGGAAAGGCAAGCGAGGGCUCGGGGCCCGUCUCCGAGGCCGAGAUCGAAUCUGCCUGUCGGGCCGCCAACGCAUGGGAUUUUAUAAGUUCGCUGCCGAGCGGCCUGAGCACGCCAUGUGGACAUAAUGGAACACAACUAUCGGGUGGUCAAAGACAGCGUAUUGCGAUUGCGCGGGCGCUGCUCCGGAACCCGCGCCUCUUGUUGCUGGAUGAGGCCACCAGUGCGCUGGAUACGCAGUCUGAGCGGAUUGUUCAGAAGGCGCUUAAUGAGGCGGCUGCGGAAGGUGAUCGAAUCACUAUUGCAGUGGCCCAUCGGCUGUCGACUAUUCGUCAUGCUGAUAUUAUCUGUGUGUUCGACGGUGGACGGAUUGUGGAACUGGGAACGCACGAACAGCUGCUGGCAAGGGGCAACAUCUAUAAGAAGAUGUGUGAGUCGCAGAAUCUUGCCACAUAA